GAGCAUCGACGUCUCGAAGGAAAAGCUCGAUGCCGCAGCGCUCGAUGCGCUCCUCGCGCUUGCCCGGGCGGCGGAUGUCGAGGGCCGGCGCGAGGCGAUGUUUGCGGGCGCGCCGGUCAACCGGACCGAGGGCCGGGCGGCUGCUCCACAUGGCGCUGCGCGGCGGCGCGGCGCGCGCCGCCGGGCGAUGAUGUCGAGGGUGCGCGCGCCGAUGUCCUCGCCUUCGCCGAGGGCGUGCGCGCCGGCAGCUUCACCGACGUCAUCAACAUCGGCAUCGGCGGCUCCGAUCUCGGCCCCGCCAUGGCCGUGCGGGCGCUGUCGCCCGACCAUGACGGACCCCGCGUGCACUUCGUCUCGAAUGUCGACGGGGCGCAUCUGGCCGACACGCUCCGAGGGCUCGACCCGGCAACAACGCUGGUCAUCGUCGCGUCGAAGACCUUCACGACGCUCGAGUCGAUGACCAAUGCCCGCUCCGCCCGGGCCUGGCUGGGCGGUCACGCAGCAGACAACAUGGCGGCGGUCUCGACCAAUCUCGCGGCCUGCGCCGAGUUCGGCGUCCCCGCGGAGCGGGUCUUCGGCUUCUGGGACUGGGUCGGCGGGCGCUACUCGCUCUGGAGUGCGAUCGGGCUGAGCCUGGCCAUUGCCAUCGGCGCCAGGCGGUUCCGGGCCUUUCUUGCCGGGGCCGCCGCGAUGGACCGGCAUUUCCGCGAGGCGGCCCUUGAAGAGAACCUGCCGGUGCUGUUCGCGCUUGCCGGCAUCUGGCGGCGCAACGCGAUGGGCUGGCCGACCGUGGCGCUGAUCCCCUACGACCAGCGGCUCGAGCGCUUCCCGGCCUAUGUCCAGCAGCUCGAAAUGGAAUCGAACGGCAAGUGCGUCACGCAGGACGGCAGCGCCCACCCCUGCGCCACCGGCCCGGUCGUCUGGGGCGAGCCGGGCACCAACGCGCAGCACUCGUUCUUCCAGCUCCUGCACCAGGGUACCGACGUGAUCCCCGUCGACUUCAUCGCCGCCGCCCGGCCGCGCGAUGCCGACACGGAGCACCAUCGGCUCUUGCUUGCCAAUUGCCUGGCGCAGAGCGCGGCACUGGCCUUCGGCCGCGCGCAAGCCGCCGACCGCCUCGCGCCGCACCGGACCUUCCCGGGCGACCGGCCGUCUACGACCAUCCUGCACCGCCAGCUCGACCCGUUCGCGCUCGGCCGGCUGAUCGCGCUCUACGAGCACAAGGUGUUCACGAUGGGGGCCAUAUGGGACAUCAAUUCCUUCGACCAGUUCGGUGUCGAACUCGGCAAGGCGCUCGCGCAACGCCUGGCCCCGGUCAUGCGCGGCGAGGACGGAGCCGACGCCGGGCUCGACCAAUCGACGGCCGGGCUGGUCGCCCGCAUCAGGGAGCUUGAGGGAUGA